GAUGUAAUGAGGAAGACACGCUGAAAGAAGGAAGGCGAUGCGAACUUUUGUGUUUAUGUUUUAUAAUUAUUAUUGUUGUUGCUAUUAUCUUUAAAUCCCUCCCCUCUGCCAUGAAGAGAUGGAUCCCGCUCUUCAUCUUUGUGCUUUUCAUCGUCCUGUAUGUGGACUUUCAAUUAGGGACAGGCGGACCCACGGCGGAGGUUCUCCCGGCGUCGCACGGAGCUCUGCAGCGGCCACCCCGAGCAGCCACGGCCGCCUACACGCAUCCAGGACGGGGAGACUCUCAGGGGGAGGACCGGCUGAGGCUGGAGGACAUCUUCAUCGCCGUGAAGACCACCGGCAGGUUCCACAGGACGCGCCUCGUCCUCCUGCUGGACACAUGGAUCUCCAACACCAAGACUCAUACUUUCAUUUUCACAGACACAGAAGACGAGCACCCGAAGAUUAAAGAUUUCCACAUGGUUCUGACCGGCUGCCAGCCGGACCACAGCCAGCAGGCCCUGGCGUGCAAGAUGGCGGCGGAGUACGACGCCUUCAUGGCGUCCGACAAGAGGUGGUUCUGUCACGUGGACGACGACAACUACGUCAACGCCGAGGCUCUCUUCGCCGUGCUCGCUGCCUUCCCUGGCCGGGGCGACGUUUACGUGGGCAAACCCAGCCUGGACAAGCCCAUCACCGCGCACGAACUCUCGGAGGGCAACACCACGAGAGAAGUGAAGUUCUGGUUCGCCACAGGAGGUGCAGGGUUCUGUUUGAGCAGACAACUGGCCCAGAAGAUGUCUCCAUGGGCUCGAGGUUCUCGCUUCCAGGAGACGUCAGCAAAGAUCCGCCUCCCCGACGACUGCACGGUGGGCUUCAUCGUAGAGGACCGGCUGGGGGUCUCCAUGGUCCACUCCCCCUUGUUCCACUCUCACCUGGAGAACUUGCUGCUCAUCAAACGCGCUGACAUUCCUCACCAGGUGACGCUGAGUUAUGGAAUGUUUGAAAACAAGUUGAACAGCAUCGAGUUGAAGGGAAGAUUCACCAAAGAGGAAGAUCCAUCCAGGUUCAAGACGUUGCACUGCCUGCUGCACCCGCUGACCGACUGGUGUCCUUAAAGAAAACUAACGGCAGACAGGAAGUAGGAGUCCCAGGACAGGAAGAACGGUUUGGUUGGCGACGUAGGUCGGGAUUGACUACAAAGCUGGUAUUAAAAUUGUACAAAGUGUAUGUUUACAAAAAA